ACAGAAAGAAGUGCGUUGUGCGCUGCUGUAGAAUAGACCAGUAUACAUAAGCAUGUCACUAGUGAUGUGUCUGUCUCGGGGGACCCAGAUCAUGGGGAGUGCAGCAACAGCAUAUCCUGCCUUGAGGUCGUGCCCGUCGGGGAGUAGCAAGAAGCGGAGCGGCUUCUCUUCCUUGUUCUGUUUUCACAUCGUGUUCGCCUCUGU